AUGGCCUCCAAGACAUUGGAAGCGCGCCUCGAGCGCCUUUCCGUCAAAGACGAAAAUGACAGCGGACACAAUGGCGGCGGCUACCCGAAACCUAAGAGCUCCCUAUCAACAGCCAUGUCUCUUUCGGGCCUUGGAGCUGCAGGGCAAUAUAGCGGUUCCAAUCGAUCCAACCUGCUGAAGCUGGCUCUUCAAAAUACCAAUGACAACAAAGUCAAUGCCAUGAACGUUGCUCAAUCCCCUACAAAGGGCUCCCAAAAUACUUUACCGAGUCGCAACCUAGAUGAGAAUGGAGAACAACGACACCCAAACCCGCUAUAUGAGCAACCGGCACCCAAGAAACUGCACCUUGGAAUGUUUGAGAUCGGAAAACCUUUAGGAAAAGGAAAGUUUGGUAGGGUGUACCUGGCCAAAGAGCGGUCCUCUGGUUUUGUAUGUGCACUCAAAGUUUUGCACAAAUCUGAGUUGCAGCAGGGUGGAGUGCAGAAGCAAGUCCGCCGGGAAAUCGAGAUUCAGAGCAAUCUUCGUCAUCCGAAUGUUCUAAGGCUUUAUGGGCACUUCCAUGACAGCAAGCGGAUCUUUCUGAUUCUUGAAUUUGCCGGUCGGGGAGAGUUAUAUAAACACCUUCGCAAGGAACAUCGAUUUCCUGAAUGGAAAGCUGCUCAGUACAUCGCCCAAAUGGCUGCUGCUUUGAAAUACCUCCACAAAAAGCAUGUCAUGCAUCGUGACAUUAAACCCGAAAAUAUCCUAGUCGGCAUCCACGGGGAAAUCAAAAUAAGUGACUUUGGAUGGAGUGUACAUGCACCCAACAACCGGAGGCAAACAAUGUGUGGAACGUUGGAUUACCUGCCUCCCGAGAUGCUCAAGCCGGGCUCACAGGACAAUUACUACAAUGAGAAAGUCGAUUUGUGGAGCUUGGGUGUCUUGACCUACGAAUUUCUUGUUGGAGAAGCUCCCUUUGAGGAUACCCCUGUUAUGACACAGAGGCGGAUUGCAAGAGCGGAUAUGUCGGUUCCAUCAUUCGUGAGCCCUGAGGCAAGGGAUCUUAUCAAACGCCUCCUUGUUCUGGAUCCUGAGAAGCGAAUCUCUCUUGAUGAAAUCCAGCGGCAUCCUUGGAUCCUUAAACACUGUGUUAAGGAUGAGCGAACCGUGAAGCGCAGUUCUGGUUCUGCUUCGUCAAAGGAUACCAAAUAA